GGUAGGCCAUAUUUGACAGUGGCACUAGUCUAGCGAAGUGAGUGCGUGAAGAUCGCUCUUCGUUCGACGGUCCGCGAUUCGACAACCUGUGUAAAUACUCGCGAUCCUACGCAUAGAACGAGAGGAGUCUCAGAGACGUAGGAAAUUACAUACACAUCAAAAAAAAAAAUAUACACGAUGAGUUCCGCAUUUCCGGAGGGCGCACCCAUUUACGGGCCCUUUUUCGGAGUAAUGGGCGCUGCCUCUGCCAUUAUAUUUUCCGCUCUGGGAGCAGCUUAUGGCACAGCCAAAUCAGGUACAGGCAUUGCAGCGAUGUCCGUUAUGAGGCCAGAACUUAUUAUGAAAUCUAUCAUUCCUGUUGUCAUGGCGGGUAUUAUUGCCAUUUAUGGACUGGUAGUGGCGGUUCUUAUUGCCGGUAAUCUAAACGAACCACCAAUCUACACUCUUUAUAACGGUUUUGUCCACCUGGGUGCUGGCUUAGCCGUAGGUUUUUCUGGUUUAGCUGCAGGAUUUGCCAUUGGUAUUGUGGGAGAUGCGGGUGUAAGAGGCACUGCACAACAGCCUCGCCUCUUUGUCGGUAUGAUCUUAAUUCUCAUCUUCGCAGAAGUAUUGGGUCUUUAUGGUCUCAUCGUUGCCAUCUAUUUGUACACAAAAUAAACAGCUCGUAGAGGCAAGAAUGCAAGACUUGUCGCCUGCAACCAACAACGCUCCCCAACUAUUAAAUAUUGCAACUUGUUUCAACAUUUUACUUAAUCAUAUACACACAUUACUUCGUUCAUACCCGCAUCGCCUCACAUGCGCAUACUUCUGUAAUGUUAUAUUCAACUCCAUAUGUUAGAACUCGUGCAUUUAACGUCUACACAAAUCAUAACGUGAAAGAUGUAUCUAUCGGAAGUACUGCAAUACAAGCAUGGCUGCGGCAAGUCAAGACACGAAUGAUCUAAUUGAAUGAAUUAUUUCGAUCUUACGAAAGGAGGACGAAAUUUAAUUAAAAGAAAAUGUGAAAAUUCACAGGCGACAGGGAAUUACAUAGAGGAGAAAAAAAAAAUACCCCAUGUCCCACGACGAAACAUUUCUCUCACUGUAUAGUAAUCAUUUCUAGCGUAGUUUGACAUUGAAUUAUCAAUUAAAAUAAUCGGCUCUACUGAAUGUAUAAAGAUGAGAAUGUUAUUCAUAAAAGAAUACUUAGCACAAUUAUAAUAUUAAACGUAAUUGAAGUGGCAGUAUACAGCAUGUAACAAAGUACGAGAAAACGAAAGUACAUUGUUAAGAGGGAAAAAGGCCAACAACAAAUGUUUGAAUUAUUAUGCGUGUAAAAGACGGCAUAAUAUAUACGGUCGUUGUACAGUGAUGGUUCUGUAAAAAAAAAAAAAAAAAAAAAAGAAAAAAAAAAUAAAAAAGAAAAUAAAAAAAAACAGAAUUCGUACAACCGAGAGAGGAUGCAAGGGGGACAAAGAAUGGUGUGUUAAGAGAGAGCGAGAGAGAGAGAGAGAGAGAGAGAGAGAGAGAGAGAGAGAGAGAGAGAGAGAGAGAGAGAGAGUCAGCGGAAGAAGCGUGAAUGUAUUAAGUAAAUAAAAAAAAAAAAAAUGAAAAAAAAAAACAGAUAUAUGAUAGUAUUAAGUCAAUUGAAAAAAAGCCUGCUGGACGUAAAUGGCAUUUUGCAUUAUCUCUGAUUACUGAGCAAAAUGUGUUGGGUUAUAGCGAAGGCCAGCGAUUAACCCAACGAAGUAAAAGAAUCGAAAUUAUUUCGUGCGUUAUCCGAAAUAUUGCACGUUAGUUCUCGCGAUUCGAGGAUGGCCACGGAAUUAUAAGAGUCGACCAACUUUAUUUUACGUGCCAGCAGAAAGACGAUGGUGUUAUAAAAUGAAAAUAAUAAUAAUAAUAAAAAAAAUAAAAAAAAAAAAUAAAAAAAAAACAAUUUCGCUUAUCUAAAGAAUCGUAUUAUGAGAUAAAUGACGGAUAAAAAACAAUUUGUACAUUCCAUAAUAAGUUCGUUCGUUCAGUGCAGGUGAGCGGGCGCUUGUAACGUUUGUCAAACGCAUGAUCGUUAAUCCCUUUUUUUGUUCUCUUCUUUUUCUUUUUUCUUUUUUUUUUCCUUUUUGUUCUAUUUUUCCAAUAAUAAUAAUAAUAAUAAUAAUAAUAAUAAUAAUAAUAAUAAUAAUAAUAACAAUAUAACAAACACAAUACAACAAACAAAAUGUUAAAGAAAUACAAAAAAAAAAAUACAUGUUACCUUGAAACGUUAAGAAAAAUAUUCGUACGCACGUUAUUUUAAUUUGAAGCUUCGCUGUGAAAGGCUCUGCCAAUUUCACGAGAGGACAAAGCAUCGUAAGAAAAUGAAAUUAAGAAAUUUCUUUCCUUUCGGAUUGAUUAGUCGUCAUGGGAGCUGACGAUUAGUCAAUCAUAGGUGUAUAUGGCCUUUCAAAAUUGGUCACCGCCACUCUCCUUAACCCCCCUCACUGACCGACCGAUCAAUCAGCCAAACAACCAACCAAUCAAUCAACCAAUCAUCCAACCAACCAAUCUGUGACCUUACAUUCGAAGAUACGAUAUGAUGCUGUAUUCUAAUGACAAAAAUGAAACGUUACGCCCACUUGCCAUGUUCUAACAUUAAUUGUGCAGUAUUUUCUACACCUGCGGGUAUGAAUGAUGGGCUCGUUUUAAGUAUACAUUUAAGGGCACAUUUAUCGGUGAAAAAAAAGAACGUGAAACGCGUUUUGAACUUCGGAAGUUAGAUAAAUAAAAGAUAAAAAAAAAAAAAAACCAAGUCCUUCGAUGGAGGAAUCUUUCAGAGUACAAAGAGAGAAGAGAACUCAUGUCCUUUUCUGGAAAAUGUACUGAUUCUUUGGAGGAUAUAAAAAAAAAAAAAAAAAAAAAAAAAAGAAAAGAAUGAACCAAAAGCUUUUGCCAGAAUCGUUUGAUGGAAGGAAACGAACUUUUUGCAAAUUCCUAAAAUGUUUGUUGUUACAAGGAGAACUGAGGGGGAAAAAAUGCGUGAUAAAGAACUCUUAUGUAGUUGAGAAAGGAACGAGAGUUAAAUAAAGAAAGAAAAAGAGAGAAAGAGAAGAAAGAGAAAAAAAAGAACACUUUAGAUCUCGUGAAAGAAAAAGCGCUCGACGAAGAAAAGUGCGAAAACGAGCCGGGGAGGAGCGGUGGUGGGGAAUAAGCAAAUGAGAGCGAAUUGGCACUUCAUAUUGAAGAACUCAGGCAUAUAAAAAAAAAGAGAGAGAGAAAGAGAGAUUAGUUACCUUCUUUAUCCUCCCGAACCCCCUCCAUUCCGUAUAUAUAUAUAUAUAUAUAUAUAUACAAUACAUAUAUAUAUAUAUAUAUACAAACAUAUAUAUAUAUAUACCAUAUGUGUAUAUACAUAUAUUUCUCAAAAAAAGAUCCAAUUUAACAUUUUGUUUUAAGACGAUCGAUGGAAAAUAAUAAGAAAGAUAAUAUCGAAUAAUACAUAUAUAUAUAUGUAUAUAUAUAUAUAUGUAUGUAUGUAUGUAUGUAUGUAUGUAUCAAUUAUAGUUUUUGUGCGCGUAUGAUGUACAUACCACUCACAAUGCUUCACGCUAUUAUUACAAUUUAGGCUAAAUAUUAAGUAAAGGUAUUAUUAUAUACCAAAAUCUUUUGCGUAGCUCUACAUGAACGAGAAAGAGAGAGAGAGAGAGAGGGAGAAAGAUAGAGAAAGAUAGAGAAAUAGAGACAGAAAUAGAGAGAAAAAGAGAGAGAUAAAAUAGCAGAAGAAAAAACAGAUAGAAAAAAAAUUGCACGAUGGUAGGUAGUCAUGUGUGCGCGUGCGUGUGCGCGUGUGUAUGUGUAUGUGUGCGCGAUGCGUGAAAGAUAAUGUGCGUGUAAGUACACAAGUAAAAAAAGAAAAAUGUUACGUACGUACGUACGUACGUAUGUUGUGUUUGUUUGUGUGCGAAAAAGAGAGUUGAAGUACGCGAGCGUACGGUGUGAAUGAAUAAAAAGUGAAAAAGAAAAAAAAAA